AUGUCUGGAGACAGGUUAUUGUCGGAGCUGGGGUAUAAGCUCGGAGGAACUAUCGGGGAAGGCAGUUACUCGAAAGUCAAGCUGGCCAAGUCCAAGAAAUACCGGGAGAACGUAGCAAUAAAAAUCGUGGACCGGAGAAGAGCCCCUCCGGACUUCGUUACUAAAUUCUUGCCCCGGGAGCUCGCUAUUUUAAAGGGGCUCAGGCACCCGCACAUCGUGCAGGUCUACGAAUUCAUCGAGGUCUGCAACGGGAAGCUGUAUAUCGUCAUGGAGGUGGCCGCGACGGACCUGCUGCAGAGGGUGCAACAGCUAAACCACAUCCCAGGCCCGCAAGCUAAAGACAUGUUCAUUCAGAUCGUGAGCGCGGUGAGCUACCUGCAUGAGAACAACAUAGUCCACCGGGACCUCAAGUGUGAAAACGUGCUUCUGACUGAGGGCAACCAGGUCAAAAUCACAGACUUCGGCUUCGGGAGGAAAGCGCACGGCUACCCGGAGGUCAGCAGCACCUACUGCGGCUCCGCUGCCUACGCGCCCCCCGAAGUUCUCCUCGGGGUCCCUUACGACCCCAAAAAGUACGACGUGUGGAGCCUCGGGGUGAUUCUGUACGUCAUGACGACCGGCUGCAUGCCCUUCGACGAUUCCAACGUCAGCAAGCUGCCGCGCUUCCAGAAGAAGGGCGUGGUCUACCCCGAAGGCGUGCAGGUGGAGGACAAAUGCAAAGCGCUUAUUGGUCUUCUGCUGCAGUUCAGCCCUUCGGUCCGGCCGUCCAUCAAGCAGGUCGCUGAUAAUGAGUGGCUGACAACUACGUAGGCGAUAGGAACGUGUAGUGUGGUGCUGUUGAUUAAAGAGGGCAGGUACCUGGCUG